AUUUAGUAAUGAUAUAUUGAUAAGAUGUUAGAUAAUAAAUUGUAUAAUAUAGUAUUAGUAUAAAAGAGGUAUUUAAAUUAGAUUUUUGCUUUAGAUUAUAUGAAUAUUGGAAGAGAAAUGUAAUUGAAAUGUUAUAAAUAAUAAUAAAGUGGGUUGAAUAGAGAAUAGAGAUUGGAGAGUUAUUUAAACAGUAUAAUUGAGA